AUGAGUACCUCAGAGUCUUGGGCUCCCGACACGGCGGAAUAUACGAACGACAGAAGCCUUGCAUACAACCACCCUUCAACAAACUACGGAGCCGAUUCGGCGACACCUGCUUAUUUGCCUUGCCAAGGUCGGGUCCAUUGCAAUGGGCAAUCUAUCCCAUACAACGUGUCUGCACGAUUUUCAUGCCAGCCUAAUGUACCGCUUGCAACUAUUGCCGAAAGGACGUCCCACUGGACCCUGAAAUCACAUCCGUCUCACAAUGUCGCCCGUCGGCCCCAUCAUGCACAAGUUCUUUACAGCACUUCUUCCACUACAAAACGCCCUUCGAUGUCAUCCAGGAGAAAAGAUGAAGCCGGAGUGAACAACCAAGAGCGACGUGGGAAUUGUCAGAUCGGCGAUCGGGCAGGUCCUAAUGCAGACCUCACAACGCAGUGCUCAGAAGGCAUUCCAAUCAAAAAGGAACCACGUGGCGGUGAGCUAGCCGGGAGUUCCAAAAGGUCGGGAGUGGGCAUUGGUACCGAGGAGAAGGGACUGAAGGCACUUCUACGAGGCAUACUGCAGAAUUUCCGAAGCGCCUCAAGACAUAGCGAGGCAAGGUCUCCUCUUGUGACCUCGCAACUGCCAGAGACUCUUACCGGAGAAGGAAAACAAUUGAUGGGUAGGAACCAAGCGUGCGCCCAGCUGUCUCGAGACGAAUUUUUGGAACUAGGGACAGAUAACUGUCAGCCCCUUUUGAGCGAAUACUCGACCUGGAAGCUCCUUAGCAGUCCUCAUACACCUCACGAAUGCAGCAGGAAGUUUGAGCAUUCUGUCCAUCGGCAUGAGAAUGCUAGUUAUGAUAGCAUACACCCAUUCGCGCGAGCCUCGCCGUUCUGGACUACUCCGCUCGCUGACCAAUAUGACUCACGGGCCUACAAUGGUUCAGAGGCACCUGGAGCGAACCACCGGGGUGGAAUUGAAAUCUUGAGAAAAUCGACGUCUGAUACUACCCCGGUGGAGGAGGGUUACUUCAAGUGUGCGCGAGAAGUGAGCCCUUCUUGUAGCGCUUCCACACGGUACUCGGGAACAGUACUUGGGGUCGAUGUUGAUCUUGAGCAAGAGUUCCCCAAUAUGAAUGGACCUUCACCAUCCCCUAACCGCUCCGGAACACCUGUGUACCAGCCUUCACAAGAAAAGCUGGAAACACCAAUACCCACCCGGAAUGCUAAACCGCCUAAGUCGAUCACCUCUUUUGCUCUUCCUGUGUUGCUUCCCCUUGCUGCUGCAGCGGGCAUUGUGCAGGUCAAUACGACAACAACCACUCUGUCAUUCUACUCGCCUUCGGGCAGUCUUAUCCAAGUAGUUGAGAGUCCGAUAUCAUCGUUUCCAGCAGCGAAAUAUUACCAAAACGCCUUAGCUGCGUCCGAGACUUCCUCAACGCCUGCUGCUCUCAACACCACUGCGCUACCUCGCUCCUGCAUAGUGUUGUCAGCGCACCUCAAACAUGAUAAAUCAAGCUACCGGAAAAAUCACUCGCAACUUCUUUGCGGAACAGCCCAAACGAGCAGUGCGUCGAGCUGCAACAGUGUUGACAGCAUGAACCACUUCGCGCCGAAGAGCGGAACGGUGCCCGCUCUAAAGCCGCGUGAUCAACAGACGCUUUGGCACAAUGGAAUUCGUCCGUCAGUCAAUCUGAGGGCGCGUAUAGAAGCUGUAGUGUCCUGCAGCCCGAGUUCAAAUGGUCGGCGCCAGAAAUGGAGAACGAAGAGUGAAAACGGGUUUGCUGCAUAUGGCAACCACGAAAACGGCAGCAUCAGCAGUGGAAAAAGCAAGACCAGCAGCAAAGGCAACCAUCACCUCCAAUGGAGCGUCUCUAUGUCUAUGCCAAGGUCAUGUAAAGGAAGCAAACUCGUCCUGGACGCCUGA